GUAUAAAGUUUUCAGAGUCUAUCUAGAGGUAGUAAUUAAUGUUGGAAGUCAUUUGUAGAUUGUGCAUGUUACAUUGAGGUUAUAAUACUUCUGUUGUUGCACUGUGGACACUAGGCUAUGAAAGUGACAACACAUCUAUGUUAUAUCAUUAAGGGAGUAUAGGUUUAUAUUUAAGUAAAAUACAUGUGCUCUAUAUUACUUUAUUGAAAGUUUGUAAACAAAAUGGCGACACAGUCUGAUAGAGUUUUCUUCUUCUGUUGUGUAUCAUGCAUGAAAAACAAGAAUAUCGAAGAAUAUGCAGUGUAUUACUGUGAAAAAUGUCAACAGUGUUUUUGUAGACAGUGCUGUGAGCUACAUCAUGACUAUUUGUUUAGUGAACAUGUAAAGUACGACCGACUAAAUAUGAGGAACUGGCCAGUCUCAAAGGAGUUGGAGGCUGUUAUACUAAUGUGUGAAAUACACACUCAUAAACAACUAGAGACGAUCUGCAAAGAUCACAGUCAGCUGUGCUGCUCAAAAUGUGUUUCCUUAAGUCACAGAAAAUGCAAAAAAGUAACACUAAACUCAGCCAAGAAGCAGGCAGCAGAAGUACAAGAACUGUUUGAGAAGCUCCUGAUCAAUAUGAGAAAACUGAGGAAACUGCAGAGUUGCUGUGAGUCUGGAAUCCACGAUCUGAAGAGUUCAUACCAGGGGCAAGAACUCAUGGUACACAAAAUGAAUGACAAAAUUAAAUCCACUAUGGCCAAAAUUGUGAGGAGAACUUUAAAGAAAAUACCUAAAGUUGAGCAAAACAAAAUCUAUGAAUUAAUGCAUUCCACUUUGUUUCAUAUAGAAAAUAUUACUUUGAAUGAAGCAAAAAUUACACUAUCAAGUCUUGAAGAUUCUCUCAAAACUGGUGUUGAAACCUGCAUCCGUCAUCAUCAUGAAUUAAAAGCACUCCAUGAACUCCUUCUUUACAGCAGUGACAACAAGAAGAAGAAACUCUGCAUGAUAGCGAGUCAGAAAUGCAUGGACAAAAUACAAAAAGUUGAAUCGUACCUGGAUGAGUACAGUGUUAGACUUGAAUGUUCGGUAUUAAACCAGACUAUACAAGGCACUAAGCAGUACAUUGUCAGAUUAUCAGGUCUGGGGAGGCUGAUAGAGAGUAUGAAAGCUAACACUGACAUUGAACAGUACUUGUCUAAACUGUCAGGUCUUGCGAGACUUGUAUUGCGUAACCAUGUGUUAACAGUCCAUGGGAAGUCUAAGCACACUGUGAGAAUAACAAGUGAUUCAAAGCAAUGCUUUAUCACAGCCAUCUGUGUUCUUCCUGACGGACAGGUCCUGGUUGCAGACAGAGAUAAUGAGAGAGUCAAGCUUCUAAACCAGCAGUACCAGGUGGUGAGUCACUGGGAUGUGAAUGAUGGUAUAUGGGACAUGUGUCAGAUCACACCCAGUGAGGUUGCAGUGGCUGUCAAUAAUGAGGUCCAGUUUAUCACAGUAAGCCAGAGCCAACUCGCCAAAGGCAGGAAGCUUAAGUUACAACAUUAUUGUACAGGUAUUGCCCUUCACCAGGGUGACCUAUAUAUCUGCUCUCGUACUGCUCUGUACAAGUUCACAUUGAGUGGCAAACUGGUCUGCAGACUUUAUGAAGAUACAUCAUCUGAUUGGACAGUAUACAAGUGUGCUGUGAGUCCCACAGGGGACAGGCUGUACAUCACCAGCCCCUCCCAGCACAAGCUUCUCACCCUGGCCAGGGAUGGCACACUCCUGGCUACAUACACAGACCCAGCACUAGAUGUCCCAUCUGGUCUACAUGUGACCCCUGCAGGCCAGGUGCUGGUCUGUGGAUGGCACUCCGCCACUGUACUACAGGUGGGCUGGGAGGGAGAGAGUAAGCUGGCUAAUCUUGCUACUUGGGGAGUGUGGUACCCACAGUCAGUCUGCUACAGCAGCACCACAUCAUCCAUCAUUGUGGGACAAUAUAAUGACAACAUUGUGGUGUUCAGAGUGGAAUAGUGUGAACAUUUGCUGCUGACAGUCGGGACAACGAUGCUGAGGAUGUGGGGGACAAGCAUGACGCAGAAGGAGAGCACCAGCAUUGAUAUCGAGUUUGCCCAGGAACAGCACCAGUCUGCCUGAAGAAUCCCCAGUCCAGGACAAUCCUUCCCCCCCCCUGACCCCUAGCUCCUCCACCCUGACCUCUGGCCUCAAAGGGUCAUCAUAGUUGAACAAUUCCGUUCUGUAGGAAAUUCUGAGAAUAUAGAGUUUUCAAGCGCUGUACUCAACAACCGCAAUGUCUGUGUCGAGUUUUCAACACUCCAGACUGAAUAGUUUUGUUAAGCUUGAGUGCCAGAGAGGGACAGACACAAGGAGUUAUAGAAGUAGUUAUGGUAACACUAACAGUCAGUUCUUGCCGUAUGACAUCACAACGAAUAUCACGAAGAAUAAAAAGUUGAUUAAUUUGUUCCAUUCUUUAUGGGACAAACAUAAAUUCAAGGAAAUUGUUACAUUUAAAGCGAUUUAUUAACAUGUGUAAGCUUUCCAAGCAGGAUACUUUUUCUGUCUAUAGUUUGGACAGUAGUAGAGUUACAAAUGCGCUUUUGAAGCUGUUGCUGACAAAGAAAGGCAGUAACUACUUCACUGUGAACACCCAGGGCACGAUACACCCAUGGGGUGUGCCUCAAAUGUGAAUUCCGCCCAAUAUUGUAAACAAGGUGCUAAAAGUAAACACAUCCGGUUUUGUUACGAGCACUUUGCAAUCCAAGCCCAAAGCACAUAGAAUCGACGCUAGAAAAGGCUUAGAAAAAUGACAGCAGUUUCGUUGUGUGAUCCAGUAAGGACUUCGACUCUGAACGACGUUAAUGAGACCUCAAACUUGACCAUAGCACUCACAGCGAGGCCAUCAUGUUAUCUUAGCUUCUUGUGCUUCAGCAAACAUUAUUAGCCAACAAGAUGAAAACAUCAUUGAAGUGAAAGUCAAAAACAAUCCUGACUCCCUUUGGGCACAAAUACUACAACUUGCUGAAGACAUUCAGCACGAAGAUGUCUUGCGUCAGCCAAGCAUGCCUCCUAUCAACUCUUCCAACAGUGGAGCCUUGGUGAGUUUGACUUCCGUCCAAGGUUCAAUGUCGCUAAGCAACAAUUAGAUGCUUGGCAUCAACAAAUUGUUCUGUACGAGUCGCUCGAACGUAAACGAUCUGAUCCAACAGAUAGAGCAGGCGUUGCGAGACUCGUCUGUUAAUGUGACUGACUUCGAUAUAUUGCUUUCCAAUGAUGUGAACCUUAUGCCUGAAGAGCAGUAUGUGAUUGACGCCAUUCAACAACAGUAGUCGGGAAUUCCCGGGUUUGGGGUGGUGACUUUGUCGUCGGGACUCUCUUUCUAUUGCCUGGUCGCAGAGGCAGCAGCAACAAGAACAACAGAGCUAGUUCCUAGCAAUCAUAGAUCGGUACCCUGCUGAAAAACAGGAUCUCUGGUCAGCUGGGCCCAGAUGCCCAGCAACACUUCCUAGCCCAGGACCUUGGGGCAAAUGCUCAACAUGUCCUAUCUGCAUGGUGAAGCCAGUCUAAACCUUGGGCUCCAAACUUUCCUGCUGUGGAGCUGAGAUUACCUCAUCCAUAAGAGGCCUUAUACUCACAAGUUCAGGCCCAGAGAACGGUGUUCCCCAACUACAACACAACCAAUACGUCUCAAUAGAGAACACCCUUCCUGAAAACCUCGCUGAGUGCGACUGCGCCAUACGUGAACCUUCAGUGAAAUGAGAUUGCAGGCGGAAUGUCAAACCGGUACUACUCAGGUCUCCAGCAAUAGCCUCAGCCUUGGACGCAGGUGAAGGGUCACCCCGCAACUUUCAGUGCCUAGCAAUGAAAUCAUCCACCGUUACAUGUAGUUGGUUGAGGGUCGCCCAAAACCACCCAGUGCCUUGCAAUGAAAACUUCACACGUGACUGUGACCUUGCCCUUGUACACACCUAAAGGUCAGGUUGACGAUCAUUUGGGCUUAGAUAGUCACUGCAGUAAGAACGUGUAAGAUUUUAAAGAAGAUGACUUCACAAUAGGACAUCCGAGACUGCAAUGACGAAAUGAGUGUCCUCACUUCAGCAGUGGAAGCCAAUACACAAUACGAGAGUUUCCAGCGGCUUACCUUAUCUGACGUACCUUGACGAAAUCAAACCAGCAAAUCAGAAGGACAGCCUGCUGCUACCGUUGUUAUCAUAUUAACCCCAUACCGAAAAAGCUCAGAGAUAUAAAGGCUGUUUAAGAUGUGCUUGUCUCUACAUACCCCGUGUCUGGUGUGAACAUGUACAAUUGAAGGUCUCUACAUACCCCAUGUCUGGUGUGAACAUGUACAAUUGAAGGUCUCUACAUACUCCAUGUCUGGUGUGAACAUGUACAAUUGAAUGUCUCUACAUACUCCAUGUCUGCUGUGAACAUGUACAAUUGAAUGUCUCUACAUACUCCAUGUCUGGUGUGAACAUGUACAAUUGAAGAUCUCUACAUACUCCAUGUCUGGUGUGAACAUGUACAAUUGAAGGUCUCUGCAUACUCCAUGUCUGGUGUGAACAUGUACAAUUGAAGGUCUCUACAUACUCCAUGUCUGGUGUGAACAUGUACAAUUGAGGGUCUCUACAUACCCCAUGUCUGGUGUGAACAUGUACAAUUGAAGGUCUCUACAUACUCCAUGUCUGGUGUGAACAUGUACAAUUGAAGGUCUCUACAUACCUCAUGUCUGGUGUGAACAUGUACAAUUGAAGGUCUCUACUUACCUCAUGUCUGGUGUGAACAUGUACAAUUGAAGGUCUCUACAUACCCCAUGUCUGGUGUGAACAUGUACAAUUGAAGGUCUCUACAUACCCCAUGUCUGGUGUGAACAUGUACAAUUGAAUGUCUCAUCUUUGGAAUUGGGACACGUGGAAAAUUAGUGAUUUGAUUCAGACAGAAAUCGCAUAGUGACAAAUCACAACAAAAAAUGGAAAGCAAGAAAGUCUUGUGGCCAGCAAUGUUUUUAUGUGACCACUAAGUUGUGUUCAAAGAAAAACAAUAGUUCAUGUUUUAUUGGAACUAUGAUGCUGUCAGUCAUUUUAUGUUGAAGGCUUUAAAUAACUAUAUUUAAAUAUAAUAAGAUUAAGAUUACUUGAUAAAAGAAAUAAUGUUAUAUAGUAUUUUAAGCGCAAAAUUUACAAGUUUAUCCAAUUACUGUGUCUGUAUUAUGACAUUUUAUUUUGGAAAUGUUAAGGAAAAUAUAAUGUUAGUAAAUAUAUGUCUAUGAAUGUUGAUUUUGACAUUUGUCAAAGCUGUUUAAAUGAUGCUGGUAACUUCGACAAAAUUUAAAGAAAUGUAUUAUUUUCAUGUAAUGAGACAUGCUUCAGUUUUUUGUGGCUUAACCUGUAAUAUAGAGGUGGUAGUUACAAGAAUUGUUUAGCCAGAUGGAGAAUGUUUAUGCUAUGGCUUUGAUACUCUUAAGUGUGCCCAUUGGUGUCAGGUUUUUAUCAAGAAUAUUGUUUAUUGUCUAACAAUUUCUUGAAAAUAUUGAUUAAUUUUAGACAAAAUCAUUUAAUCUUCCUUAAAUUGUCUAUUCUGUAUUCACGACCAGUUAUUUAUUAAUUUGCAUGAAUAUGAUUUAUGAAUGACUUUUGUGUUGUUUAAAAUGCUUUAUUUGUUUUGGAACUGAGUAUUUAAAAACGAAAAUAUGAGGUGUAGGAAAAAUGGCCAAAGUUAUGAUAAUUAUUUUUUUGUUUUUGUAAAGUUUAUUAUGCUUUAUAUGUUUGUGUAUAGGCAUUUAGACGACCAGAUUAACUUGACCAAUAAUUCGUGCUCACUGUAUAUAUCGGUCAGUACAUUUGUCACUUGUAUAUAUAGCGAUUGUGAAAUGAUUGUAUUUUCAAUGUAAAUCAUGCGUUUAUUGUUUCCAUUUUGAUUUUCGCUGUUAACAUUUAUUUGUAAUAACAAUUUUCAUCAUGUACAUCUUUUAGGUGCCAGAUAAUAUAAAAAACAUUGCUUGUGGGAAUGCUCAUUUAAAACUUUCUUAAUGAUACAGAACAACACAUUCUGAAGAGGCAAAUAUCCUUUAGACAAAAGGAACAUCUUGUUACUAGUAUAUGUAAUGCCUUUCACUAAAUAAAGUCAAGCAACUAUUGAAAGAUUGGUUUAACUUUAUUUUGCAUUAUUUUAAGAAAAAUUAAUAUAUUCAACUUGGAAAUCAGUCAAUUGCAAAUCAAGCGAGAGUGAUGAAUAUUUUUAAGCAAGAUAGAGGGAUGUUUUUGCUUGAAAAAAAAGUUGUAUCCCUUGUUAGAUAAUGAUUUUGUUCAUCUCUCAACAUAACAAGUGCAUUCAUACAGCUAUCAAAAAUAUGACACACUUAAUACUCAGCCAUCAGUUUGUAUUGGGGUUUUGAGGAAUACUUACUAAACUAAUAUACGUCUGUUCAAUGAAUUAAUAGUUAUGGUACAAUAUGAUACUCAGUGUUAAAAAACAUGUGUAAUAAAAAUAUAAUGGCAUUUAUUUGAAAUCAUAAAAUUUAGUUUUCCAUACAAUGCUUACAGUUUUGCAAUUGCGACGAUAAAGGAAAUUUUCUGCUCAAAAAAUGUCUGUUAAAGACAUGUGUAUAUUGUAGCAAUUAUAUUGUACUUGUAUUUAUAUUAUACAUGAUAAUAAUUGACUUAUGGCUGAUGAUAGCGGCAGUUUACUAUUUGUGUAACAGUUUGACCAUAUUUCCUUAAACAUGUGAUUGUUUAUAAUGAACUGUAAUUGAAUGCAUGAAACAUUGUUGUUCUGUUGCUUAACAGCUGAAAAUAGCUUGAUGUUUGUUAAUUGUGUGAAAUGUUUCAAAUUAAUCAUAUUGAUACAUAGAAAAUAAAAUUACAUUUUGCGUUAAUUUAAAUGCAUAUCAAACAAUUGUUACCAUACAAGCAUAUUUGCAUUGAACUUAAUUGAUACUUUGAGAUGCAAUUUUUACAUUAAUGUGUAAAUAUUUUCACCUUUUCCAAAUGAACAUUUUGCAUUUGUAAAUAUAGGGUUUAUAUAAACUUUAUAGAAACUUAUUAAAUGCUUUAUAUAAAUUGAUUGUGUACCUCAUAUUGAUUAAAAACUCUCUUAUUUAUUGCACAGUUGUGUGUGCAUAUGUCUGACUUAUGUCUUCAUAGUCCUUAAAGUUAAAUUACUGUAAAUAGUAUUUUAUAAUAAUGUUAAAAUAUUUAUCUAAACUAUAUACAGGUUAUCUGUUAAAUUAAGUUUCAUACAUUUGCAUUGUCUAGCUAAUUAAAUUGGAGUGUUUAUAUUCUUGCCUACAUGCAGUGUAUGGUUUAGACAAAGCACAUUACACAACUCAUGUUGUUAUAUCCAUUAUUACUAACCAGUGUUAAGUCCGUAGAGGUUAAAGUAUACUAAAUAUUUCGGUUGUGCAAUGCUAUGCUCUCUAAAUAAAUCAACACCAUUUAUUGAUUUUCUAUGUGGGCACCUAAAUUCCUAUGACUUUAUUUGUGAAUAUUUAUUUGAAUGUGCGGUAGGGAAAACAUUGUUUGCUUGAAUGUUAGAAACUUAAGGUUGACAUCUUGAAAGAUGGCAGUAAACAUUUAACUGCAGAGUAGCUGGGGAAAAGAUUGCUGUUAAACAAUGUAAGACAGAACUCCACGCAAGAUAUGUCAUGCAUGCAAUAUGCAUGAACUAUCUUUUUAAAAUAAUUUGGAUCUGAAUUAUCUUUAAGAAAUGGUAUGGUUAUGAGGGUCUCUAUGUGCAAAAUGUUGCAUUUAUUUAGUGUAAAAGUUAUUGCUUAAACAUUGAAUUUGUUAUGGAAAUAAUAUAGUUUAUGUGACUUAAAGAGAUUUACAUGUUUAUGUUAGUGAUGUGUUUUUGCUGAUCCAAGUCUGUUCCUGCACACUAUUUAAAGUAGAUAACUACAAGUUAUCUCAUUUAAAUGGGAAAAGUAUUGUACUGUGAAAAAGUGUUGUGAAUUCAAAUAAAAAUACUAUGAAC